AUGAAUUCUACUACAAGCUCUAGUUAUAAAAUUCAAAUUCUGAACUACUUACAUGGAGAAACGAUUUGCUAUCCAUUGGUGUUGCUAGAAGGAAUAAUUAUUGAUACAGAACACAGCUCCUCAGUUGGCCAGAGAAGAUUACUACGGACGUCGAGUGACCCUGAAUCUGACAGAGCGGAUAAGCUCCAGAUACUGGACUCAUCUCCUCAGUAUACCCUUGAAAGUUUUCAAGAAGACACAAAGUUAUUGGUAAAAUGUAAUUGCCAUCAAGUGGUGUGGCCGGUAGUCAAAGGAGGAUUUAAGGCUGUUGUUCCGCUUAAAACUGGAGAAAACUUGAUUGUUUUGAAAUUAAUGCAUAAUGAAGAUAUUGAUAUUGAAUUCAAAUUGAUUUACAAACCACUGCAAAUAUCAAGGUAAGUUUAUGUGCACUGAACAACUAAUGAUAAAUGGAUGAACUAAGGUUAGGCUGAAAUUAUUGAUCAGGCGCAAGACAGGUCUGAAAGUCACAGUGCAGUCGCUGAUGUUAGGACCAGUAAUCAGUUCGGAGUAUCCCUAAAUUUAAGGAAAGGGCCAACUGGUCACGCGACACUUUUCAACCAAUGAGAAGGCGUGCUUGUGUUUAUCAACAAACAAAUCAAAAUAUCGCCCCAGUGAUCAAAAAUUUUCAAAACAAUGGACGGAGUCGGACAGAAUCAGUCAUCGUUUCGAGGUUCUCAGGCAUAUUUUUAAGACUUUUCAUGAGGCAUACACAAUUUUUCUAAGUGGACAGCGUAUCGGAAGCCAUAUUGGAAGUGUCUCGUGAAAUAUUCAACAACUUUAUUAGUAUUAUGGAUAUUCACGUCCAACAUCUCGCCUCACUUUGCUGAAUUUGCGGGGAUGAAAUUGAAGAUCAUAAGCGCAAGGUAGAUACUAACCGCUUUGUUUCUGAAAUUCACUAAUCUGGAAAGAUUUAAUGUUGUUGGAUUCUCCAAAUGUUCAUCCCCGGUAAAAAAACAAUCAAAGAAACAAGGCAAAUCUCAAUUGUAAAUGCUGUAUUUCGCUACUCAUUGAACAUGCACUGAUUAUCUGGGAUAAAAUUAAAACAUUGCACGUACUACAGCAAGCAAAGAAAGCACCAGAUGCUUGAAGUCAACAUGAAAAAACACAAAAAAACAAACAAGAAAAAUUAAUAAAUUUGAACUACUUUCUAUUCUUGUUAUGAUGACUGGUUCUUUGAUUCUUGUCCUGUAGAAGUUAAUAGGUAGUACCAAUGCUGUUUUGUACGAUCUCGACAAAUUUUCACACUCUCUCUAAAGCUAUUUUUACACGGGACGAGUUUGCUUCUAUCAAAAAUCUUGCAAGCCAUGCCAGUGAAGCCACGACCUCUGCGAUCGGUCCAGAAUUAGUUCGAACACCCCAAUGAUUCCUUGCAAUGAUUAAUCCUCUUAUUCUCUUACAUGACAUUUUUUCUUUGAAUUAAUAUUAAAUGUGAAACCUAGACGAGUAGUGUAAGCAUGGUAAGCUCAUCUUUAAUUCUGUCCGACUCUGUCCGUUGUUUUGAAAAUUUUUGAUCACUGGGGCGAUGUUUUGAUUUGUUUGUUGAUAAACACAAGCGCGCCAUCUCAUUGGUUAAAAAAUGGCGCGUGACCAGUUGGCCCUGUCCUUAAAUUUAGGGAUAUUCCGGACUAGUAAUAGGUGACUAUCUUAGAGAGGUGUGUUUCUCUAAGAGAAUCAGUGGCGUAGCUGCCCUUAAAGAAGCCAUUAUAAUUGCUGUUGUGUAUUAUAAAUGGGCAUGCAAAAUUGGCUGGUUAUUCAGUAGGAACUGAAUCUGUUGCUGAAUGCCAUCUUGGUGUUUUAAGUUGAUACAUAAGCCUCUCUAUGGUUACCUGUGAUCUACGAUACUGAGUGAAAUAGUGAUCCUUACAAUGUAGCUUUAGUGCUCACAAACCAAACAUGCAGAAAUAUACUCACCUUAAGAGACAGAUGUAACUGGUGAAAAUUAAAUUCAUGUUAAAAAGUUGUAACCUACCAGAAGGUUGAUUCUCUGUUUCCUUGGUCCCCUUGUCCUAAUUAUUCAGUAAUUUGGACUAGGAGACAAUGGAAAUUGAGAAUCAACCCAGGUUAAAAACUUUUUUAGCCUGAAUAUAGUUAUUUUGACAUGUAACAGGUACAGAUAUUCCUCAUUUCUUCCAGCUACAAACUAUUACAGUAUUCUCUUCAACUGAAAGAGUCUGUCCCUUGAUAACUUACUGCUAAUUUCUCAUUAAAUGCAACAUUUUAAGCCAACUAUAAAGGCUGUGCUGCAGUUGUUCACAAGUCAGUGUUAACUUGGCUUGCCAUUAUGUCCUUCCCGCUCCUUCAAGACUUCAGCAACUAGGGCUUAAAAUUUAGAAAUGGCUGGCUACCCCCCUGAGAAUGAUGUUGACCAGCUCAAAGUGGCCUUCUUAUCAACAAGUUGGCAAUUAAAAGAGAACUGCCUGGAAACCAGUGCAGUAGAGAGGAUAACAAGAAACCAUGCAAAACUUAGCCCCCCACACAGGCAUUUUUAGGGGAGCUUGUUUUUCAUCCCUCCCCACAAAUGCCUUCUCACCCGAAGACAACAUUCCUUUCCCACGCUUAGCCAAUCACAUUGUACUUUCCAAGUUCUGGAAAGUUGACCUUGGCCUAAAGGUAAUCUGAUAAUUAUUCGAUCUGCAUGAGACACUGGGAAAGCUUUCUGAUCUCUAAUAAAUGUUAGAUUCAGAGCAGCAAAAAUAAGGUUCAGUCAAAUUUUAAAAUACUCCAUGCACUGCAUAACCUUAGGAAAGAAAAGAAGGAAAAGGGUAACUCUAGGGUCACGUUUUAGUAGUAUUUACCCUGUCAACACUUAAUUUCACACCUGUUGAUUGGUCCCUUACCAUGCAAAUAAAACAAUGGGAAAGGAAUGUUAUUUUCGGUAGAGCAGGCAUUUGUGGGGAGGGAUGAAAAACGAGUACCCUAAAAAUGCCUACUGGGAACCUAUGCAAAACUAAGCAAAAUAAAUCUUUGUAUAAUAAUUAACCAUUCUGUUUUAUGCUCAUGUAACAGAUAAUUAGUCAUCCAGAUGCAUUGUAGAAUGAUGUGCUAUUGCUUUUAUUGACAGGUUUGUCCGUGUUGUGUAUGUGAAGUGUGCUGAUAGUGAUGGAUCAUUUGACGCUCCUGCCGAUGUCCCCUGUGAUGUUAAUUGUGCAGUAAAAAAGCUCUCUUUUAACUCCCAACUUCUCCAGACUUUUACAGCAGAAAGCUUAUAUCAACAUGGCUUAGGGCACAAAACAUUCCGUAUAGAGGAAGAUGACUCUGGUUCUCCUAAGGUUCACAUNGGCCUAAAGGUAAUCUGAUAAUUAUUCGAUCUGCAUGAGACACUGGGAAAGCUUUCUGAUCUCUAAUAAAUGUUAGAUUCAGAGCAGCAAAAAUAAGGUUCAGUCAAAUUUUAAAAUACUCCAUGCACUGCAUAACCUUAGGAAAGAAAAGAAGGAAAAGGGUAACUCUAGGGUCACGUUUUAGUAGUAUUUACCCUGUCAACACUUAAUUUCACACCUGUUGAUUGGUCCCUUACCAUGCAAAUAAAACAAUGGGAAAGGAAUGUUAUUUUCGGUAGAGCAGGCAUUUGUGGGGAGGGAUGAAAAACGAGUACCCUAAAAAUGCCUACUGGGAACCUAUGCAAAACUAAGCAAAAUAAAUCUUUGUAUAAUAAUUAACCAUUCUGUUUUAUGCUCAUGUAACAGAUAAUUAGUCAUCCAGAUGCAUUGUAGAAUGAUGUGCUAUUGCUUUUAUUGACAGGUUUGUCCGUGUUGUGUAUGUGAAGUGUGCUGAUAGUGAUGGAUCAUUUGACGCUCCUGCCGAUGUCCCCUGUGAUGUUAAUUGUGCAGUAAAAAAGCUCUCUUUUAACUCCCAACUUCUCCAGACUUUUACAGCAGAAAGCUUAUAUCAACAUGGCUUAGGGCACAAAACAUUCCGUAUAGAGGAAGAUGACUCUGGUUCUCCUAAGGUUCACAUAUUUACUAGCAAGUUGACUUCAGCAGAGGCUUUAAGCAUGACUGGAGAUCAACUGUACAACACUUUCUUUAAAGGUAAGCAUAUUGUUUUAUUUUUUUGUGUCUCUCUUCUCUUCUUUUCCUCUUAGUUAUCACUAAUAAACUGACUUUAUAGGGGUAACACAAUUAUUAUAAUUUACUGAGAAACCAGUAGUUUCCAUUGUGGCCCACAAGGUCAAGAAUCUCAACUGGCCAGAGGCAAACCAGUUGGCUAUUUACAAGCAUGGUCGAGGAUUUGAACUCAGGACUACUAAGAACAAAUAGAUAGGGUGGGAAUUGAACCUGGGAUCUCCGGAUUACAAUUCUGACUUUCUCUAUCCACUCAGCCAUCUUGCCUCCAAUGGAUUAACUGUAUGAUACAGUCAGUGACAACAAAGGUAUAGAAAAAUGAAAUAAUUCACCUUUAACCACCACUCCCCCUCAAAAUUUCCAGUGACCUUCAUAAUUCUUCACAGUAUCAUUUGUCUCUUUGUUUGAGUUGUUUUCUGGAUUUAAACCCUUAUUUUUUAGAGGAUGGGGUCUAAAAGUGAAACAUAAGACAGAAUCCAUCAGGAAAAUGGGUAAUUUUAAUUUUCAGUUGACAAAACCUGGUACCAGAAUAAACAAUAUCACAUUCUUUUUACAUUUUCAAGGGCUAUAGAUGUAAUUAAUUAUCUGUAAUAACACCAAAGAAAAUUUCUUAUGAGAGCCCGAGAAAAUAAAUGUCAAAUUUUGCAAAAUGACAUCUUACACAUGAAAUUGUCAGAAUUUUACCUGUGUUUUCACAAUUCUUGUGAAAUUUGAUAUUUAUUUUCUCGGCCUCCCAUUAUAUCUAUAGCCCUUGAAAAAUGUAAAAAAGAAUGCGAUAUUGUGUAAAUUAUUCUGGUACAUGGUUUUUGUCCACUGAAAACUGAAAUUAUUCAAUUUCCUGUUGGAUUCCAUCUUGAAGACUGAAAGCCAACUAGCAAAAAUAGUGGUGGGUGGGUUAGUUUGGGAAGAGGGCAAAACCAAAUGAUGUCUCCUGUGCUGCUAUGAACAUUGUCUGGAAUGUUGUGAUUAUAAUUAACAAUUACUGUAAGUGAUCUUAUGGACACCAGAGUGGUUUAUUUACAUUUAGGGGUCCAUGGGGGAGGUGUUUAAAAGAGAGAUGCAUUUAUUCUGAUAACUGUGACAGGCCCUACAAAGUAUGCUUUGAGCAAAAACACCAAGAGAGUUUAUAAAUAGCAAAAUUCCAGUCGAUCUAUUGAUACAUACGUCUAGACUGUUUAGAGCUCCAUUUUGCUCUAAGACAAAUCUCAACUUGACGUUGAAAAAGAGGCAAUGCAAACCCCUGUAAGUCAAGCAAGAAACUAAAUAUUUUGAAUAUUUUGCUCCUUUUUCCUAUUUCCUUUCUUUGAGUAAUUAUCAUGGGGGCAUCUAUUAGACAGGUGGUGCUCAUUAGAGAGGGGCAUCAUAAUACAAACUUAACAUCACAGUGUAGGAGAGUGGUUUAUUGGACAAGAGACAUUUAUUUGAGAGGGGUUAUCAAUUAGAUGAUAAUACAGCAUUAUCAUCAUGGAAUUUCUGUCUUGGUUUUCAGAACUCAAGUGCUCAAAUCUUUAUGAUCCAAUGUGUAAGUUCUGGACUUUUAUGUCCUGCACCCAUUAUGACCCACCUCCUUCAGAUCAGUUUGAUGAGAAGCUCAUUACAAAAUAUGUCAAGGCCCACACUGCCCUUGGAGGAGGGAUAGAACGUAACAAACCUUGUCCUCCCGACGUGUGGACCCGAAGUUCACAACUUCUCAACCACGGAACAAAAUGACUACGUUCUGAGUAAUUGUUUGACCUUGAGAAACUACUGUCACCUCCAAGGUAGAUAAAACAAAGAUGAAAGUAGACCUUUAUUUGUUUGGUUUAAACUCAGUAAUAAUAUUAAAAAUAAAUGUGGACUUUGAGUCUAAAUUAUUUGAGUAGCCCUUUUCCCUCUCGAGACAUUUUGGCUAGUUUUAAAGCCUUUGUCAGUUGAAAUAGUGAGAAUUAUUGCAUUUAAUUUAAAAAAGGCUAGCAUGGUGGAAAAAUUCUUACAUGGUUGUCAACCUAUGUGGCAUAAUCUUCUUAGGUCUUGAAAAACUUGUCACUGAUUUAGUUUGAAAGUGAGUUGCUUGGACUCUUGUCCAUUGGAUAAGUCAGCUUUCCAAAGUUACUUGCACAGCAUGAAAAUAUCACGCUAGACUGGACUACCUGACAGGAACUUUUCAUGCCCUACCUUUUUUCCUACCUUGUAAUCAGAGGUUUAUUUAUUUAUUGUCCAAGUACUUACUCUCCAUCUAUGCAAUGAUUCUUUCUCUCUUGCAUGGCUUUAGCAUUAACGAAGUCGUUCACGUCACUUGUCAGUCGCGUUGUUGGUUUGUUUUACACACCCCAGAGCAUAUAAAACAAACCAGCUACGCGACUGACCAGUGACGCAAACGACUUCCUAAACAAUUAAAGCCAUGCAAGAGAGAGGCCUCUGCUCACAGGGCGUUUGUUCCAAGAUUUACAUUAAUUUUUACUAAAGGGAAUUUCUAGCUUUUGACUUGAUGUUAUCUUGGACAAAAUCUUUAGUUUGAUCAUUAAAAAUUUCAUAAUAUUAAUGUAACCUCAUAACUUCAUUAUUUAUAAUCUGCAGAGUGGUUUUAACUUUGGAUUCUGUGGAUGAAAUCCCAAUGUUGUUAUUAUUCUAGUAUCUAUGAAACCUCUUCAGCCCAGUGACUGUGUAGUUCUAACUAUUGAGUUAAUUGAUGAACUUGUUUGGUGUCACCAAUGAAUAAUAAAUGAAAGAAAGGUCCACGGCCCUCACAAACAAGGGAUAUAGUAGAGAGAGAUCCUGGAAAAUAAUUUGGUCCUUUACCAUGUAAUUUUACUGUUUGUACAUAUUACAGGUCAAAAUAUAUUCAUGUUAAGUAGUUUCUUUACCGAAGUUGAUUUUCAAUUUCCUUUGUCUGCUGGCCCUAAUUCAUAAAUGAUUAGAGUGACAAAGGAGAUAGAAAAUUAAUUUUAUUUUGACCUGUAACAUAUACUGUAGAAAUCCUUUUUAAUGGUACUUUUACUUGCUACCAUUAUUUUUCUGACAUUUGGAAGUGUGGUUUUCUUUUCCCUUGGGAGCAAAAGAUUUUUUUUAUAAAAAGUUUUUUCAUUUUGUUUCAGGGGCACUUACUGGGCAAACUAUUCCACUGGUCUUGGAGCUUCAAUGCAUGAACUUGGUCACUGCUUUGAUUUGGCACACACUCCUAAAGGCAUUAUGGGUAGGGGAUUUGAUGACAUGAACAGUGUAUGGACCAUGUGGAGAAAACCCAGCUUAUUAGAAAAGGAUCUAAUAGCUGAAUCUGUGAUGCCAGGUUAAGUGCUAGAGAAUGAUUGAUAGUAGAAAAAGUGGAACUCUUACAAAGCAGACAACUAUGGGACUGUAGCUAGGGUGUGCUUGAUGGACUGUUAAACAUUUUUAAAUGUAGGUUAUUUCAAAGAAAACUGGGAGGGAGGGGGGACAAUUUUGGACUCACUGAAGCUCACGUCCUCUCAAAAGUGGUUGUCUACCUAGCAUAGAGACAGCAGGUGUUAUCAUACCAGGAAGUACAGUGACUGAUGAUUUAGUAAUGCAAGUGUCGAUAGCUGAAUUCAAGACUUGCGGGCAUAUUAAGGUAGAAUAUUCCACACAAUAGAAUUAAAAUUCAUUUCAAAUAUGUAGUAAAUUUUAGGGAAGAGGGGCAGUAUUUCCUACUGUGAAAUACAAUUCCAAGGAGAACUCAAUAUACAGAUACAUACGUUGUAUGCCAGAAAUCAGGACACUCAAAAAACAUAUUUCUCAUAUGGCAUAAUAUGAGCCAUUAUACCAUGCCCUCCAAAUAUGGUAACUGUUUGUGUCUGCUCAAAAUUAAAAACAAGCUGAAAAUCGGUUGUUUUUACAAAUAAAAUCAGGAAGAAUUCUCGAUAUUUUGUGGGUGUUUUUAAUAAAACAAUAAUUUGCGCUUGUUGGAUACGAGUUGACUGAAGCGAACUUGACACUACACGCCUUGCUAUCUCAUAUCCAAUGCCCACUCGUGGAAUAAUUGUUAAAUUUUCUUUUCUCCUUUGCUGCAGUAGACCCAGAAAAAUCUACCAACAGAGCUGUAGCAACUUCAGCUCGUGUGUCAACCACAGGCUACCCAGCUGCUGAAGGUCUUGUAUCCCGAUCAGAAGAUAGGAGUGUGUCCGUUAAAAACACCAACCAUGCCACACCUAGUGAUUGGACCCAUGGAGCCCACUGGUAUAGAUCCUCUGCUGUUCUGCUUUCUUAUCAUAAGUGAGUUUCUUCUGUUAGCACAACUUCUCUAGUGUGUGGAUAUAAGUUAGUUUUCAGUAGAAAAAGUUUACUACAAUCAAACCUUUAUUAAGCAGUCACCCUUAGGAAUUACCUAGCCAGAUGACCGCUGAAUAAACACACUUGCUGUGUUUGUUUUAGCAGUGUUGUUUGCAUCUUUUAUGAUCAUCUAUUAGCCAAGGGGAACAAGGGUGGCCAAGUGGUGAGAGCAGUUGUCUAUCAUUAGUAUGGGGCCUGGGUUCAACACCGCAUGUGGGUUGAGUUUGUUGUUGGUUCUCUCAUUUGCUCUGAGGGGUUUUUCUCCAGGUCCACCAGUUUUCUCUUCUCCUCAAAAACCAACAUUUCCAAAUUAUGAUUUGAUCAGGAAUGGUAGAUAAAGAACCACUUUGUAUUGUGGAUGCACAGUGUACUACCUCUAAAUCAUUAUUUAUUUAUUUAUUUACUUAUUUUAUUUAUAUAAUUAAACAGCUUUUCCUGAAAAGGUUAUGGUAUAAUUUUGUUAUUAAAUCCCUUUCGUUGGACAUUUCAUUAUGACAAACACUAUUUUACCAGUCCUUAUAGGUGAAGUCUCUCUCAAAGACAGUUGACUACUUGUAUGUGACUAAAGUUUCUUUGAUUCAUAGAUGGUUAUCCAAUUCCAGUCCUGAAGGAGAUGAUGAAAGUGUCUUUAACAAUCCCUUAGUGCACUGGUGUCAUAAUGUUUGUGGUCCUGUUGGUAAUAGCGGUGGCUGCCAUCAGAAAAACCAGCAGUCAUUCAACAGUGUCAAGUGGCUAGAGUCCCAGGGGGCAGCCCUAGGGGGCUUUAUUAUCCACACUGGGGAAUAUGUUAACUGCAUACAGAUCAUGGGAAAUCAAGAACAAUCUGGUAUACCUUUCAAUACUUAUUUAAUAAUUUUGUGAAGCAUGAUCAUCCACAUGUCCUGAAUAGGACUGUUGUCAUUGGCGGUGACUGACGUUUCGACCACCUGUGCGGUAGUCAUCUUCAGAGUCAAAGUGAGUUGUAUCACGUCAGUUGAUGGUAUUAUAUUCUGGUUAUUGACCUGAUUGGUCAAUUAAGUCGUGAUGUUAGUCUGUCAGUUAAGAUGUGAUGUUACUGGCUAUGAAGACUCUUAAAUGUCAUUGGUGCGUUUCGAUCCGUCUUUUGUCACAGUUUUACAGUCGUUUCUUGUUAGUCAAAUUGUCGGUUGUCUAGUCAUUCAGUUGUUGUAAAUUUUGUUGAUUCCGUCAAUUAGUCAUAUUUAAUUGGUGUUCAGCAAUGUUAUUGUGACCCUCCCCAUUUUGUCGCUUGUUUGUGUUCAUCACCAAUGUAAGUGGCCUGGUCUUGUAUAAUACUCCCUGUCUGUCCUGUAUCAUUGGACAUUUGGAGUCUUCAUAGCCAGUGACAUCACAGCUUAAUUGACAGACGACCAAUAAUAUCGAGACUCAAUUGACCAAUCAGAUCAAUAACCAGAGUUUUAUACCAUCAACUGAAGUGAUACAACUCACUGACUCUGAAGAUGACUACCACACAGUUUUUCGAAAGGUAAGUCAUUGUCAACAACAGUCCUAUUUCAGGACUAUGCUCACCCGGACGAUAUUAUAAAAAUCUUAGCAACAACGCUAUUAUUGGCAUUUUAUAAUAGCGACAACGCUAUGGAUUUUCAUUCUAAUAUUACAAUUCACUAACACAUCUGUAGUCCUGGCUAUUCUACCUAUUACCAGCCAUUCUUUUUAGCAGGGUUGGGAGGGGCAGGUGAAAGUGGGUGGAAAACUUUCUUGACUUAUGGACACAUGUAAAAUAUCAAUCCUAAGUGUUUUGAAACAAUAACUUAACACUUUGCUAGAACUCUCCAAGUCAUGCGAUUUAAAUUUUACAUAGCAGAUGAUGUUAAGGAGGACUAUGAUCAACUGCCUGGUUCCUCGGAACUUAACUUUAAAGCAGAUUCCUUUGAAGUCUUACUUAAGUUUCGUUCCAACUAAAAAUGCAUCCGUUAGGGUGGAGUUCUUGGGACUGCUUUUUGGAUGAUUUUUUAAUGGUGAAGAAAAGUAAGGUGACUGGAAAAUGUUGAAGUGAAUUAAUACCGCAAAGGCCAGAUAGUCCAUCAUACACUGAGCCCUUUAGGAGACUAACUUGUUUCUUGCAUACCAUUUCAACCUUUUUUCACUUACAAUUCGCACCCUUUUCGAGCAAAAGUUCAAUGAUCAUGACUGUUGGAUUUCAUUUUUUCUUGUCACUCAGGAGAAUGCCAAGAGGUUUUGUCGGAUCCUCACGGCACAGAUGGCGUAGGAAAGCGGCAUAUCUUCACCAUCAGUUCCCCGGAUGAAUACAUCACGGCUAUUGACGUCAGAGCUGGAGGAUGGAUUGAUGCGAUUAGACUCCACACUAAUCAAAAGUCUAGUGUAUGGAUAGGAGGGGUGGGUGGUGAUGAAUACCACCUAAAGGCUCCCCUGGGGAGAAGUAUUCUAGGCAUCAUUGGUACAAGUGGAGAAUUUGUUGGAUCGCUUGGAGCACUUCUUAGCAGGUACUUGUGGCAAUACUUUAGACCUAAGUAG